AUGGGAAGAGCAAGAAUUCGUAAAACAAAACAAGCAGUGAAAGGGCCACAAUCUUCAGUAACAUCAAAACAAAUUCCACGAGAAGUUCCACAACCGGCAGCAUCCCAGGAAAAUUCAAUAUUUAUAACUGGUUUACCAACGACAAUCUCCGAAGAACUUCUGUUCCGUACUCUUCAGGAUGAAUUUUCUAAUGUUGGUAAAAUUGAAGUAAUUGAAAUAAUGAAUUUAGAAAAUGAAUUUUUAACUCCAUGA